UCGGGUUCGGAUAAUAGCACUUCGAGUUUGGAUAUAUUUUGUACCACUUUACAAGAUUCAUUCUGGUAUUUCUUAUAUUUCAGAUCGGGUAAACAAUUAUUUUUGUUUAGGUUUCGGGUUACGUAUUUUAUGCUCAUGCCUACUUUAGAUAAUGAGUAAAUGCUAUUAUUAAAACUUUCACCAAAAAAUUAUCUCACGUUUUUACUUGUCCGGGUUUGGAUAAUAAAAUUUUGGGUUCUGUUGUGUACCCUUCUGUUCGAUAAUAAAAUUAUCUCAAGAUUCAUUCUGGUACCCUUCACGAAGUUUGUCGUAGCAAUGUGGCUGGGGGAAGAAAAUCUGUUCGGUAAUCAAACCGGUACGAGUUGGUACGAGUAUAUCAUUAGGUUUAGUCAAAUUGGUCUGGGUUUAAUGUUACUUAUUCUCCUAAUUCCUUAUUCGAAUAAUGUUGAGAGAGAUUAGAAAACCUAAUUCCUUAUUCGAAAUCUAGGGAGAAGAAACGAAAAGAAAGAAGAAGAUAAGGGGCUGCUAAUACAAUUUUUGGGGAAAGAAAAUCGGUUCGGUAAAUUAUUUUAUUUCCAUUACUCGAACCAAACUUUGGUAUGAGUAAGGUUUAAUCGAACCGGUUUGGGUUUUGAUGAUACAAAAACCCUAGAAAAGAACAGGGAAAAAAAAGAGAACCGGUUCGGUUCGGUAAUUUAUUUAUUUUAACCACUCGAACGGUCGAACCAACUUUAGUAUGAGUAAAUGAAGGAGGUUUAAUCGAACCGGUCUUGGUUUUGAUGUUACUUGUAAAAAAGGCAAUAUCGUAAGUUAAUCCAUGUUUAGUUACUGAGUAGUCUGAAAAAAGGAAACAGUCUAAGUUAAUUAAUUUUAAUGACUGGUUAGCGGAUAAAUUAAUUACAACAACGUAACCUAUAUAUACCGACCAAAUAGAUCGAGAUAGUGUUUACUUUGCUUUCUUUUUGUUCUAAAGCUUCUCUACACUCGUCUAAUCUCUGUAAUACUGAAAACUAGGGUUUCGUUUUCUUCGAACAAUGGUGAAAAGAGGAGGAACGAAGAGGAAGGCAGAGAUAAAGAAGAUUACAGAUAAAAGCUCAAAGGCUGUAACUUUCACGAAGAGAAGAGAUGGUCUCUUCAGUAAGGCCGCACAGCUCUGUCUUCUCGGCGACGCUCAGAUCGCUAUCUUAGCAACUCCUUCUUCUUCCCACUCCAACGUCUCUUUCUUCUCCUUCGGUCACUCCUCGGUUGAUUCGGUGGUCUCUGCGUAUCUCUCCGGUCAAAGGCCCGCUCCUCCUCCUGUUCCGGAAGACAGCAAAGAGAUGCGGGAGGACAUCGCUGUUUGCAUGGCUCGGAAGGAACUCGGUCUCGGCUACUGGUGGGAGGACGAGGAGCUUCUUGCGGGUAAGAGCCGGGAAGAAAUCAUGGAAGCGAUGGAGUCCAUGCAGAUACUGUGGAAGGCUGCGGAGAGGUUGCGUGAGGAUGAAGCUAUUGAUUUUGAUCAAAGAGAGAAGAUGGAGGACAUGAGUAAUGAUCAAACAACGCUGAUCAGUACAGAGGAUGAUCAGAUCAUCGCUGUUUGUGACAGUUUCUUCAACAACAACAACGCUGCUUCUUUAUCAGCAACUCCUCAUGGUGAGGAUGAUCAUCAUCAUCAGAUUGAGGCUGUUUCUGAAAAUUAUUGCAGCAACAACAUGAACGCUCUGUUAUCACCUGCUGCUGCUGCAGGAGGAGGAUUGAAUGAUCAAAACCUGCUUGAUCUUGAUCUAGCUAAUCUUGAUUUGGAUACAAUUUUUGAAGGUUUGGCCGACCUUGAUGCUGAGUUUGUGGCUUCUCUUCUCAUGUGAUUAUGAUGAUUAUGAUUAUGAUGAUCAGUCAAUGAUUACUAGGUACUGACUAGUUCGUAUGUUAUAUUUGAGGAGAGUCCUG